GGCAGAUAUCAGUGGAUGGAUUUAUGCGAUAUCUGAGUGGAGAAGAAAAUGGCGUUGUUCCACCUGAGAAACUGGAUUUAAAUGAAGAUAUGUCUCAACCACUGUCACACUAUUUCAUCAACUCCUCACACAACACCUACCUCACAGCUGGACAGCUGGCCGGUAACUCAUCGGUGGAGAUGUAUCGGCAAGUGCUUUUGUCAGGCUGCCGCUGUGUGGAGCUGGACUGCUGGAAAGGACGAACAGCUGAAGAAGAGCCGGUCAUUACACAUGGAUUCACUAUGACAACUGAAAUAUCCUUCAAGGAAGUAAUAGAAGCUAUUGCUGAAUGUGCAUUUAAGACAUCGCCCUUUCCAAUCCUCCUUUCCUUUGAAAAUCACGUGGAUUCCCCUAAACAACAGGCAAAAAUGGCAGAGUACUGCAGAUUAAUAUUUGGAGAUGCACUGCUUAUGGAUCCAUUGGAAAAAUACCCGCUUGAACCUGGGGUUCCUCUCCCAAGCCCUAUGGAUUUAAUGUACAAAAUUCUGGUGAAGAAUAAAAAGAAGUCACAUAAGUCUGCAGAUGGAAGUGCAAAAAAGAAGCUCUCGGAGCAAGCUUCCAACACGUGCAGUGAUACAUCUAGUAUGUUUGAACCUUCCUCUCCUGGAGCAGGAGAAGCAGAGAUUGAGAGCGAUGAUGAUGAUGACUAUGAUGAUGACUGUAAAAAGUCGUCGAUGGAUGAAGGUACUGCUGGAAGCGAGGCUAUGGCCACAGAAGAGAUGUCUAAUUUGGUGAACUACAUUCAGCCUGUGAAGUUUGAGUCAUUUGAAGUAUCAAAAAAACGCAACAAAAGUUUUGAAAUGUCUUCCUUUGUGGAAACCAAAGGGCUCGAGCAACUCACAAAGUCUCCUGUGGAAUUCGUGGAAUACAACAAAAUGCAGCUAAGUCGAAUUUACCCAAAGGGAACACGUGUAGAUUCUUCGAACUACAUGCCACAAGUUUUCUGGAAUGCCGGCUGCCAAAUGGUUGCUCUUAACUUCCAGACUGUAGAUUUGUCUAUGCAAAUAAACAUGGGAAUGUACGAGUACAAUGGCAAAAGCGGAUACAGGUUAAAGCCAGAGUUCAUGAGAAGACCAGACAAACACUUUGAUCCAUUUACUGAAAGUAUAGUGGAUGGAAUUGUAGCUAACACCUUGUCUGUGAAGAUAAUUUCAGGUCAGUUUCUUUCUGAUAAAAAAGUCGGUACUUAUGUAGAAGUUGACAUGUUUGGCCUGCCUGUGGAUACAAGAAGAAAAGCUUUGAAGACCAAGACCUCUCAAGGCAAUGCAGUUAAUCCUGUCUGGGAAGAAGAAACCAUAGUGUUUAAGAAGGUCGUUUUACCUUCCCUGGCAUGUUUGAGGCUAGCAGUGUAUGAAGAAGGAGGGAAAUUUAUUGGUCAUCGGAUAUUACCAGUCUCAGCAAUUCGACCAGGCUAUCACUACAUCUGUUUGAGGAACGAGAGGAACCAACCUUUGACGCUGCCAGCUCUCUUUGUGUACAUAGAGGUCAAAGACUAUGUACCUGAUACUUAUGCAGAUGUGAUCGAGGCCUUAUCCAAUCCAAUCAGAUAUGUAAACCUGAUGGAGCAGAGAGCUAAGCAACUGGCUGCACUGACUCUAGAAGAUGAAGAAGAGGUAAAGAAAGAGAUUGACCAUGGAGAUGCACCAUGCGAAGCUAACAAUGAACCUAGGCCAACACCAGCAGAAAAUGGAGUAAAUUACACUGCCUCUCUUACACCGAAACCAGCAACUCAGGUUGUCCAUAGCCAACCAGCACCAGGUUCGGUGAAAGCACCUGCAAAGACAGAAGAUCUUAUUCAGAGUGUCCUCACAGAAGUGGAAGCACAGACUAUUGAGGAGCUAAAACAACAGAAGUCUUUUGUUAAGCUUCAGAAGAAGCACUACAAAGAAAUGAAGGACCUUGUAAAGAGGCACCACAAGAAAACUACUGACCUUAUCAAAGAGCACACUGCAAAGUAUAAUGAAAUCCAAAAUGACUACCUGCGACGAAGAGCAGUUUUAGAAAAAACAGCAAAAAGAGACAGUAAGAAAAGAUCUGAAACUGGCAGCCCAGACCACACUUCUUCAACUAUUGAACAGGAAUUAGCUGCACUUGACUCUGAAAUGACCCAGAAGCUAGUCGAGCUCAAGGAGAAGCAACAACAGCAGCUGUUAAAUCUCCGACAGGAGCAGUAUUACAGUGAAAAGUACCAGAAACGAGAGCACAUUAAGCUGCUUAUUCAGAAGUUGACAGAUGUAGCGGAGGAGUGUCAGAACAGCCAGCUAAAGAAACUGAAGGAAACUUGUGAAAAAGAAAAGAAAGAAUUGAAGAAAAAAAUGGACAAGAAGAGGCAGGAGAAGAUCACAGAAGCAAAGUCCAAGGAUAAAAAUCAAAUGGAAGAAGAGAAGACUGAAAUGAUUCGAUCAUAUAUCCAGGAGGUGGUGCAGUACAUAAAACGGCUAGAAGAUGCGCAGAGUAAAAGACAGGAGAAACUUGUAGAAAAGCACAAGGAGAUUCGUCAGCAAAUAUUGGAUGAAAAGCCUAAGCUCAGAACUGAUUUACACCCUGAAACACUGUCUCUCCCUCAUAUGUAUCAUUUCUAA